AUGGCGACGACCUCUGCUUCAGCAGCAACCAUGACGACGACCAUCGUGCUUCUCGUCGCCGUGCUCUCCGUGUCGACGGCCACCCUCCCCGUCGCCGUGGCCGACGCCGGCUUCAUCGGCAGCACCUGCAACAGGACCCGCAACGACAGGUACGGCGGCGGCACGCCGGAGGGGGACGCGCUGCGCAUCUGCAGCGGCGCCUACUUCGACGCCGCCAACGACCUCGACAUCGACGCGCACGACAGCCUCGACUCCGGCGACUACGUCGCCGCGUCUCGGCUGGUGUCCGGUGCCGGCGGCGCCGCUGACACGUGCGAGGGAGCGUUCGCCGCCGCCAAGAAGUUGAAUUUAAACUUGGCUGUUUGCGAGGUGAUAUAA